GUCAGACUUCUCAGUACCAGCAAAAAGGCAUUGCAAAAACAAGGCAUGAAAACCUACCUGAAAAGAUGCAAGAUCUAUCGUGUAUUUCUCCACUGAUUUUUUUCGGUUUUCCAAAAAUAAGAACAACAACAAGAAGUCUUAGGGGUCGUUCAUUUGUUUCAGUAUGAGUGUGUAAGGUAAUUUUUAAAGUUUUCGUUUUGAUGUCACAACAUAUAUUUAUAUAGAUUUUUUUGAAUGUACUAGGUAAACGUAAAAGUGCAGCUGACUUCUAUAGAAACAACAAAAUGCCGGCACAACAAGGGGACCCGUCGCCGUCGCCGAAGGCAGGUAAGAAGAGUUAUACAUAGAGCAAUAGCACUCCUCUCUCCUCUUCAGUCACAAGCACAAUUACUGAUCUGUUCAAUGUUGUAGAAGACCUUGUCACGACGAUGUGAGUCUUCUACUGAUAUUAAUAUUACUAUCCUCUCCUUCUCUUCAGAAAUGAUCAGAACUCAUAUUAUAAUAGUGCUCUCCCACCUUUACCUUUAGCUUUACCUUAUUGUCAAUUUUUGUGGCUGGUACAACAACUAGGUCUCAGAACUACUGCUCACCCAUAAUUCAAAUCUGCAGAUGCGUCGGCACCUUCCGACACUGCUCCUCCUAGUGGCAAGACCUCCGAACAGGAUCAAGAUGCUGGAAAGAAGGACGCCUUAAGGCUCGUAUUCGUUGUGUGAGAUACUAUCAUCAAUUUUUCCCCUCACUGAGUUUGAGUAGAAUGAGAAGAGCCCCAGUGGUAAUAAUGCUUCUACUUUUCUAGCAGUAACUAAGUAGAGAUUCACAAGUCAGUUACCAGUGACAUUACGAUUGCGGAUGAUCAGGAAAUAGUUGACAUCAAUACUCGUAUUCCUCGUAUAUUCUUACGUUGGCCUUGGUUCGGAUAGUCAUCUUAGGUUAUUCCCAAUGUUAAACUACGCUAGCGCUACUACGGUCUUCAGCCUCCUUCCACUUCUACCACCUAUAUACCACCCUUUUCCAGCAUCUCUACUUCCUAUAUGCCAGCACCUUCUUCCAGCUCCUUCUGGUUCUUUCAGCACCUCUACCCCCUCACGACGAACUUUUUCCAGCAGCUCUAAUUCCUAGGGACCUGCUGCCAACGGAUGCGCUUAUUCGAAAAACCUUCUGCACAGGCUCAACCAAUUCCUUCCUCCAAGGAGUUCCCCUGUUCAAGCGACUACCAGAACCCGAUCUGCCACUACUUGCGCAAGCGAUGCAAGUCAAAAGCUUUCCAAAUAGUACUAUAGAUAUAUAUAAGUGUUUGAUUGUGUUUAUUAUACGUGGUUCUACUAGCUAGUUCUUGUGAUAGGAGAUGAAGUACUACUAGAAGAACUCUGAAGUUCACGUUAAUACAUAAUACAAUUUGAAUUUUUAGUAAGUACCACCACUAGAAGAUAAAACAAGGAGAUAGUGAACAAGAAGAAGAAGAACCAGAAGUGUCUCAUCAUAUUCAGGACCAUGAUGAUACAAAUUCGUAUCAACUGCUUCUACAGACCACACGAUUUUUCGGCAGGGAGAUAAAGGCGACGCCUUCUACGUUAUCCAGAAGGGUGAAGCUAACGUGAUGGUGCACGACACGAACUACCUAGUGGUCGGAGACAAAGUCAAAUGCCUCAAAGAUCUACACUUUUUACGACUCUAGUAUACAUAAUCAUAAGUGCAAAGGACGACUGCUAUAAAUAAAAUACGUGUAGUUACUUACCUCAUGACCACAAGUGGAGCAUGCUAUUUAUUAUCAUCUUUACGUAGGGUCUCUAGGUCUAGCGUUUUGAUUUUUCAAUCAUCAUAAACAUAAACUUCGUUCUAUCGCUAAACUUUGGCGGCAAAAAGAUCCUCAAGGGAUCGCUUGCUACGGUAGAUAAAUUUGAUGCUAGCCGAGAGUUCCCGUAUACGAUUCGCGUUGCCGAAAGUGGAUACAGAGGGAGAGUCUUGCCGGAAGAGGUAUCUCCUGAUUCUUUGUCGUAGUACAGUUACGUCGUAGUGAAGAGUUGCAGGAACAAGAGGUGGUAGUAGUUCCCCUUAUAAGUACGUACUAGUUGUGAAAAAAUAAUUUCUUGAGAGUGGGACCGCUCUAAAUCCAGGCGACAAACAGGUAGAGCCAGUCUCCGGUCCUCCGCAGGACCAGCUAGUUGCGACACUGAGAGCGGGGGAUUACUUCGGAGAGCAGUCGCUUUUGAGGGGGGCUGCACGUGCAGCAACUAUCGUCGCCACAGCAGAGUUGACGACUUUUUGUCUCACUAGGGAGAAAUUCAAGCAGUUUAAUCUUGGUGCGCGAUUACACUUCGGAAAGCGAAAGGCCGUUGUUGCACCAACAGGGGAAAAAUUAUGAUCUAGCAGGACUACUCUAUGUAUACUAGUAUAAGUGUAAACCUCUCGUCAUAUCUCUAACUCUCUCUCUCUCGCUCUACUCUCACAUGGCACCUGAAAGCAAGAAUGAUCCGUAGCCAAACCUUUACUUUCUCCUACCUACCUCUUCUCCUACCUACUUCUAAUCCCCAGUGAAGGCAAGAGUCUCUUACCGAAAAGCGAGGAGGAGACUCAGCUGAUCAAGGAUGGCUUGAAGUCGAACGCGAAUCUGAGGGCUAUUAUGCAGAUUACCGAAGACCAGCUGGACACACUUUGCUCUACGGCAUAUAAGAAGUUAAGGGCAAGAAGUUUUGUGUACGAGAAGUUUUGAUGUGUACAAGAAUUAAAAGUUGCAAUUUUGUAGUACAGUGGAGAGUACUACUAGUACUUCUGGGCUAGUGCUGCGCACAGUAGAUAGUAUGCUUCUGGUAGUAUGCUUCUGGAGGUACGUAUCAAUGAUAUUCCUCCUUGGAGUUCGCCCCUGCCCGUCUAACCAAAAGCGGCAUUGCCAAAGGAGAAGUGCUCAUCCAACAGGGAGACUUAUUCGCGGAUAAGUUCUACAUUGUGGAUGAAGGUACCUUCCAGUUUCAUAUCGCGAAGACAAAGGGUGGCGCAGAAUGUGAGACUUAUGCUGGUGGGUAAUAUAAAUACAAGAAUAUUAGAUCGAAAGAUAAUUAAAGAAGAAUAGAUAAAGAAGGUAUAAAUGCAAGAAUAGAUAAUGAUAAAGAAGAGCAAAGGAUAGAUGACAGGAAGUAGAGCUCUAAUAUUACCUCUAGACUAGGUACAAUCAUCAUCAUAAUAGGUCGGAACUAUGAAAUAAGGAACGAGAAUGACAACGACUCUCAGUGUCGGUGUAGCAGUUAGACAUUCAGGAGAAGGAGAUGAAUUUGACUUCAUUUGACUUUUUGCAAACCGACGCUCAAAUUGGGUACCAAUGCUGAUCCUACUGUAUCAACCUGUAGCUAGAAUAAUCAAAAUAUUUUGAUCAAAAAUUUUAUCUUGAUGAUUUCGUCUAAGAACCCGACCGUGUCGGCGUAGUGGGGGAAGCGCGAAAGGGCAUGUCUUUUGGCGAGUUGGCGUUAUUGUAUCAUGCUCCGCGUGCAGCGACGGUCACUUGUAUGACUGAGAACGCGACUGUAUGGGUCAUCGAGCGUGGAGAUUUCAAGCACACACUGAUGAACGCAAACGAUAAGAAAAUGGCGAUGUAUAUGAAGGUAUCGUACUAGGUGGCGAUGAUGAUGAUUGUCCCUAUCCGAGGUUCUUGGUAAUACGCAUUAGCUACAGUCACUUGCAUUUCCAGUUGAUUUUUGAUACAAGUCGUCAUGGUUGGUCAACACGGUUCUCUCUUCAUUACUCACUCACAGGUCUUCGAUCACGUUGAGCUUUUCAAUGUGCUUACCCACGAUGAGAAGAUCGCUUUGGCGGAGGUGCUGGUGGAAGUCCGAUACGUGGAAAAGGACAAUAUUGUGGUAGAAGGUUAAGGCUUGAAGCAAGAAGUCGUACUCGUUGAGCAUUUGGAAUUUAUUGGAUUAUAGGUUUAGUUGAGACGGAUCUGCUUUUUGAGCAAGAAACAGAACAAUCAAGUAGAGGUAGAGCUACCGUGACAAAUAUUAGUUUUUACAAAUUUUGUUCAAUGAAAAUGGCAUUUACAGUUUGUUACUGACGAACUGUUUCAACUAACUCUAAGAAACUGAACCCGGUGACGCGUUCUAUAUCCUAACUGAAGGCGCCAUCGACUUCAUGAAGGAUGGAAAGAAAGUGCAUUCCGUCUCAGCUAUUAAGGGCGGCGAAGCUCAUUGGUUCGGAGAAAGAGCGCUGCUGAAGAGCAGCACUCGGGAAGCAACGGCUACGGUAAAAAUCUUCUUCGACGUUUUUGAUGUUCUUGUUCGAGGACGCAUUUGGAUUGUAAUCGAUGUGAUGUAUUACACGCAGUACUACCGCCAUGAGAAAAUGAAAAAUGCUAAUGCUUGCUUACCCGAUUUUUGCUAAUCAAGAUUUACUUCGUGCUUCAACGACUGUGAUCAAACAGCAACCACGCUUGCUUACAGGUAACUUCCGCAACCUGUAGUUGUCUUGCACUGACGCGAACUCAUUUUGAAGGGCUUUUAGGUCCGUUGCAGGAGUUGAUGCAUAAGAAAAUCGAGGACAGUAAGGAGAAAAAGCAGACACCCGCUAGUGCGGGAACGCGACCAAAGAUCGACAUGGCAGACUUGAAGCGACUGGGUCUUCUAGGUUGCGGUGGAUUUGGUGCAGUGAGUAUGGCUCAUGAUGUGCAAUAGAUUUACAAAUUGAAGAUAAGGAGCCUCACGUUCUCCAGUAGAAAUCGAUUAAUAAUUUUCUCUCGUCUUAUUCCUCAUCCGAUUCAUCUUCAUCUACUUAGACCUGUAGUUAAUUUUUCCUCGUAGUUCUUCCUUUUCCCGUCAUGAUCCUGAGUACUAGAACUCCCACUCCCGCUCGUCUCCCUUCUAAUCCUCCGCUUGAGAAGCACAAGAAGACAGGGGAGGUGUAUGCCCUCAAAGCUCUUUCGAAGGGCUACAUUAUCAAGAUGAAGAUGCAGAAAGGCGUCAUGAGGGAGAAGGAAAUUGUAUGGUUCCACCCGCCUACAUUUUUGAGAAUGAAGAUACGGGAAAGUCGUUGUUCCCCCCAAUAAUAAUUUAAGAAGGGACGAAAGGGGGAACGGCAUUCCCAUAUCGAGACUCCCAAGAAGUGGCACCAUUCAGAAACUUUGCUUCUUUGCGACAGCAAGUUCAUCAUUGCUUUGUACCAAACAUUCAAGAGUAAGGAGCACUUGUACUUUCUGCUAGAACCAGCGAUGGGUGGGGAACUUUUUGCAACCUAUCACAAACGAAGAUUUCAUGGCUCCGUGUCGAAGGCAAGAUUCUAUUCGGCGAGCGUGAUAUAUGCGUAUUCUUCAUUGCAGUUUUUUUUCGUUUUCACUCAGACUCUUCUUUGUUGAGCGGUUUGAAUUAUGAACUAGUAGAAUUUGAUGAUUAAAGAUCAGUUUGAUUCUCAUCAGGAGUACGCAGCAAGCAAUAAAAUCAGAAUUGACUACGAACGUAAGAAAAAGAAGUCUGGGCGCCAUUACUAAACUUAAUUAAAUAAUCCACAUGUCUUCACUCAGGUUCAGCACCUCCACCUCCUCAUCAUCACCAAUCCGCCCAUCUAUCUACCACAAACCAGAUUCGAGCACCUCCACGAACGCAAUAUUAUCUUCCGUGAUUUGAAGCCUGAGAACCUCUUGCUCGACGUGAAGGGGUACUGUAAGUUGACAGACAUGGGACUAGCGAAAAUUUUGACCACGGGCAAGACUUACACUUAUGACAGAGCAGUUUAUGUAGGUGCUUUAGCGGUGUUCGCGGUGUUCGGACAAACACAAUGUUGUUGAAAGACAGUGUUGAUCUACUCCCCAUGAUUAAUACUUAAGAAGUUGCAACAUCUUUAUUCACAAAGAUGCCUCAACCUCUAAAAUAUAACAUGCGGGACUCCAGACUAUUUUGCACCGGAGGUCAUUCAGCAGACGGGGAUGAACAGGGCAGUAGAUUGGUGGACUUUGGGCAUCCUAAUUCACGAACUACUCAGCGGUCAUGCACCCUUCGACGCGAAGGACCCUAUGGAGACCUAUCAGGUACUUGUUUUCCGAUCGUUUUCAUUUGGGUGAAAGAAAGAAUCUAAAAAUGACCUCCCAGCAGCAGAACGAGCGGAGUACUCCUCUGCACAGAUGCAGUGAGUUUCUUUCUUUUACGUAAAAUAGUUUCUUGAAUUCUAAGGCCAAUGAAAUUAUUUGGGUGGAAGAAAGAAAUAUAUGUUCAUUUAUUUUCCAUCUGUAGUUACUAACUUGUCGAGGAUCCCAGAUUGAUUCAGACGUCGAGAACUACAACAACUCAUAUUGACUGAAUACUCUUCAUAGACUUGAUUAGAAAAAAUUACUACCUCCACCACUAUCCCACAAUAAAACCAAUCUGACAACUCCAGAAAAUCGUUCGCGGGAUCAAUAGCGUGAGUUUUUCAUACCGCGACCGCGAUCCAGAGGGAAUGGAUCUCGUCAAGAACCUGCUGAAGUUAUGGCUUUCACCAAUCCAUCUCCACGAGCAUCUUGAGGACCUCAAGAUUUAGAUUACUUACUUAAUCAUAAUACUGCUCCUCUCGUCCUCCGACUGCAACUACAGGGGACAACGGCUUCAUCUUCCAAGAUUGGGACUGCUCUCAAAAUGGAUCAUGAUUUGGGUGAGCUCUAAUGCAGCACUGUCCUUCGGAACGACUGCCGAUGCGAAGUGGCGGAACCCAGAAUUUGAAGAACCAUAACUGGUACAAAAACUUCGACUUCGAUGGAUUGGUGAAACACGAGAGCAAACCGCCAUACAUUCCGGAAGUGAAAGUUAUGGAGAAAUAUGGUAACUGCAAUUUCUAAUUUGACUCUUUGCUAGUUGUCGAUUGAACUUGAAUAUGAUCUCCAGUUGUACAUUUGUAGUUAUUGGGCUUGUGAAAUAUUGAUAUCGACCCAGACGAUGCAAGUAAGUAUGUACUUGCGAUUUAGUAGAUUCAUCUCUGCCGGACGUUGAGUACUAGAUUCUCAUUCGGCGGCCGGGUGGUACCCCAUUUUUCCUUUGCGUGACCGCUCUAAGAAAAGCAACACGGAUAUGAGCAACUUUCGAGCGCAAGAGGCAGAUUUGCCACCGCAGAUACCCUAUAAGGAUCCAGGGACCGGAUGGGAUGACCAUUUCUAGAAGACUUCAAAGUCAAAAACAAGAGGAGGCUAGGGAUAGCUUCGUAUCACGAUCUCUAGAGAAGCGGGUACUACUUAUCUUCAAACCUUUUCGUCCUUGCCUGCUAAGCUGUCCAUGAUGAGAGGGCUUUUCCUGGCUGCUUUCUUUCAAUCACUAGACCUAGUCCUCUUUGCGACCAUCAUUCGAAAGUCAUUGCUGCAGGGGCGCGUGAUAUCCCUCGUUUGCCUAGAAGUCAUUUUCAGCACAAAAUGUAGUUGCUUUGUGCUGGAAUCUUGUUGCUGAAAAUGACUUCUAGGCAAACGUGACCUCAAGUUCGUAGUUCAUGGUCAGAAAGAGCUUCAAUCUUCUGAUUUAUUCUUGUUUGCCUAGAAGUCAUUUUCAGCACAAUAUCAAAACAAAAAUUUUAAGCACAAAAUUUGAACGUGAACAGACUGAAUCUUGUUGAGUAGCAAAUAGAAAUCAGAGAGAUUUAGUAGGAAGAAGAAGUAGAUAGAAUACCUUCUUCACCUUGAUCUGCGUUGCUGCAGUUAUGAAUGAUUUUCGUAGGUGAGUACCUGCUGGGGUCGUGUAUCUAAAGGUGUUUUCUACCUCAAGUUCGUAGUUCAGAAAGAGCUUCAAUCUGAUUUAUUCUUGUCGGAGGUAUUCAAAGCAUGCUGUAUUCGUGUAAAUGUUGUAUUCGUAGUAUCUGGAUCACGUAAGUAUCUAGAUCGCUCUGUAUGUAUAGCACGACAUGGAGAACUGGUUUUGACUACAUAAAUUAUUUACUUAGAUUUUCUAGUUUUUUAUAAACAACAAGUGAUGUCGACGUUGGUCCUCGUGCCGUAUGAUUCUUAUUUAUGACAGAAGCAAGGGUAUCCGAUUUCGACAAUCGUUUACCGUGGAUACCUUGCUUAGCGAGGUUGGUUGUAGGGUACUAACAUCAUUUUUAGAAACUUUGCAUUCUCAUAAUAGUUGUAGCAGUAGCUUCACAUUGAUUUUAAUCUGUUAUUGAAUGAACAUUUUCUAUGCUUCACCUGGUAGUAAUGUACAACAGUGUCGUAGGUUAGCUUGUAAUGGAAGAAGAGUGAGUAGAAUUAGACAUGUCACAUUUUGGUUUGAUAGGUAUGAAGCCUUUCAAUAUAUUUGCAGCUAAAAUGCUGAUGCCGUAGAUGACCAUGACCAUUUGCUUGCCCCUACUAGGAAGUGAGAUCAUGAACAAGAUGAAAUAAAAACAAAAAUAAUGCCAUUUAUCAAGUGCUAUGCCGAUCAAUUAUAUUCUAGUGCCGAGUUUCAUUAUCUUUCAUACUUUUCUUAUCUCGUUUUUGGAUUGGAUGGCUAGCGCUAUGGCUAGUGUGGCUAUACAAGAAGCGGGUCCACCCUGAGGGCAGAAGUUUGAAGUUGGGGGAAAAUAAUUUCAGUUUUUGCUUGAUUUAGCGCUAGCUACUCUUAGGCAUCCUCGCGGCGACCUGCUUCUUGAGUUCCCUGUUUUCCGAGGUUGUCCCCUGGCACCUUGCUUAACAGUAGUCGCUCCCUACUCUGACGAAAGGGCGUGGAUUCGUGUCACUCUGAGAAGAGACCGACUUGUUUUUAGGAAUGCACAGGCGUAAU